AGUUUCUUGAUUGUGUCCUGUGUUACAGGUUAAUGUGUAACUUUUGUAGUUUCCUUUUGAUUUAAAUUUUAGUUAAAAUUAAAUGAACAAUAAUGCUAUUUUGAAAAAUAUUGUGCACUUGGUCUCGGUGUUUUAAGGAGGUGAAGAAAUGCCGGUCCGCGAGGGGGUGGGGAAGUCGCUGGUGGGAGCCAUUGAUGAUGGGACCAAGACUGUCAGAUUUGUUAUAUACGAAGCAGAACAGUCAGAAGAAUUGGUAGCUCAUCAGCUGGAUAAGACGGAGCUGCAGCCGCAGGAAGGCUGGUACGAGCAGGAUCCAUUAGAAAUUUUGCAUCACAUCAGGGAGUGUGCAGAAAACGCGAUCGACCAGCUCAUUGAAAUAGGAUAUUCCAAAGAUGAUUUAGUGUCAAUUGGUAUUACAAAUCAGAGAGAGACAACAAUCGCCUGGGAUAAAUUUACUGGUGAACCACUCCAUCCUGCCAUAGCAUGGAACGACAUACGCACAGACAGCACAGUCGAUGCAAUACUCGCAAAAGUGCCGGAUAGGAACAAGAACUAUCUAAAAAACAUAUGCGGUCUACCCAUCAGCCCCUACUUCAGCGCUCUCAAGAUGAGGUGGUUGAAGGAUAAUAUAAAAGCCGUGAGACGGGCCAGUAGAGAUAAGCGGCUUAUGUUCGGUACUGUUGACUCGUGGAUUGUAUGGAACCUUACCGGCGGGCCACGCGGAGGUCUGCAUAUAACCGAUGUUACGAACGCGUCUAGGACUUUGCUGAUGAACUUGGAGACUUUGAAUUGGGACCCUGUGUUGUGUAGAUUGUUUGGCAUCCAUAGAGAGUCUCUACCACAAAUAAGAAGUUGCUCGGAAAUAUAUGGUAUAGUUAGUGAUGGAUCAGUUCUAGAUGGCAUUCGGAUAUCCGGGAUACUAGGCAACCAGCAAGCAGCGCUGGUGGGUCAAAACUGCCUUCAAGCCGGCCAAGCGAAGAACACGUAUAGGAGCGGGUGCUUCCUCUUAUACAACACUGGUACGCGACGGGUGCAAUCGACCCAUGGCCUGUUGACCACUGUUGCAUACAAGCUGGGACCAAAUGCGCCUGCAGUUUACGCCUUAGAAGGCGCGAUAGCAGUAGCUGGUGGUGCGAUGAAGUUCCUUCGUGAUAAUCUGAAAUUGAUUAAGGACGUGGCCCAAGAUACGGAGCAUAUGGCAGGACAGGUUUUCUCAACGGGCGAUGUGUAUUUUGUACCCGCGCUCAGUGGAUUGUAUGCGCCCUAUUGGAGGAAGGAUGCUAGAGGAAUAAUCUGUGGUCUCACUGCGUUCACUACAAAGAACCACAUCAUUCGGGCUGCGCUGGAAGCCGUCUGUUUUCAGACUAGAGAUAUAUUAGAAGCGAUGAACAAGGAUUGUGGUAUGCCGCUGUCAAAACUCAGCGUUGACGGGAAAAUGACGUCUAACGAUCUGUUAAUGCAGUUGCAGACAGAUCUUAUUGGCAUUCCUGUCUUGCGUGCACACACUUGGGACAUGUCGGCGUUGGGCGUGGCUAUAAUGGCUGGAAAUUCGGUUGGAGUUUGGAGUUGCGAGCGAUGGAAGCAACAUGCCACGCGCACUGAUACAUUCCUUCCUACCACCACAGAUGAUGAUCGUGACGCGAGGUAUACGAAAUGGAAAAUGGCCGUGCAGCGCUCACUCGGAUGGGCGACCACAAAGAAAUCCAUCGCAAUGACAGAGGAAAGAUACAGGCUGUUAGCCUCUAUUCCCGCCACGGUCUACCUGAUUGGUAGUUUUGCGAUGCUAGUCGUAUCUUCUGUGCUCAAAAAUAGGUGAUAAGUUAGUAAAUUAUUUUGUCAUUUCCCCUUUGACAUACCACUGUUUUUAUGUUUGUGAUUUUCACAGUUUUAGAUAAGCAAAAGAUAAUUUAAUCAAAAUGUUUUUAAAAGACCUUGUUUUUAGUAAAUUAUUAUAUUAUAACGAAAUAAGGAAUUCCUAUGUGUGGCUUGUGAUUUUUAAUUUAAAGUUGAUAUUUGUAAUGCUUAAAUGUUUUUAAUUGGUUUAAUGUAUAUUAUGUGAAACACCUAUUUUUCAAUCUAUUAACAAAACAUCGCGCAUUUGUAAGAAUAUAAUGUGUUAAGAAUAUCAGUUUUCUUUUUGGUUUGAAGUAUAGGUUUUAAGUUCAAAAAUAACAUAAUUCGGUUGUUAUAUACUAUUGUAUUUCACAUAUGGACUUUGUAACUGAGCAUUAACAAUAACUUUGGUUGCUUAGCAUAAAGAGUUACUUUGAUUUCUAGAAACCCAAAUAUAUUGUAGAUAAUAAGUCACAUUGUAAAAAAAUUUAAACAGGCAACAUUUCUAGUUAUAAUUGGUAAACUUUUUAACCUUUUCCACCACUAUUGAAUAUUUGUUGUAUCAGAUACAUUAUAAAGUUUUUAUUGCUAGUAAGAACUGGGAAUUUUUUUGUUUUUCUUUAACACUGCUAGCGAAUUUAAUUUUAUAAUAAUAUAUCUGACAGUGAGAUUUAAUAUGCAUUUUGUAAUAACCGAUUAUUCAUGUCCUGUUCAUAAUCUGAUAAUGUACUAAUUGACAGAGAGUUUACGUUUACAGUCAGAUUUAGACAUUGAACGGGAAGUUUGACUGGAGUAAAUCAAAAACUAAUACGUUUUUUGAUACACUAAGCACUAAGACUCGAUUUUGAAUCCUAAGCAGAAUUCAGUAGCUCCGAAAUUUGUGUUUUAAAGCAUUUAAUUUUAUAUUAUAUAUAUAGGUUAUAAGUGAAACUGUUUAAUCAUCAUGUAAUCAAUUUGUAUUUUAAGAUCAUUGUAGAUUUAUAGGUUUUAUGUAUUGAAAAGACUUUUUUAUUAUACGAAAUGACACUUAUAAUCAAUUAAUUAAUUAUUAGUAGUAGUGACCCUAUCGUAGAUUCAUGUUUCUUUAUAUUGGCAACAUUGUAUUAUGUUUGUUUAUGGCCAGUGAUCAUAUUUACGAUAAGGCGCGUCAGUUUGACAUUGCGACUAUGAGUACACCAUUGACACUUGACUGUUUUGGCGCCAAAAACUUUAUCAUCAAAGCACACAAAUUUUGUAAAAUUAAUUAAUUAAUGUUUAAUAAAAAACAAUACUAAUGCAAUUUUUAGUAGCGUAUGUAAAAUUACGUACAAAUACAUGUUUUUAAAUGUUAGUGUCAAUAUUUUUCCAUUUUAGGACCAUUUAUGUGUAUAUGUAAUAUUGCCAUUCCUAUAAACGCAUGUGAGAAAUAGUCCUUUUCUAACGACAUCUCAUUCUCUUGUAUGAGUCAAUUAAACAUAAUUUGUUACGACUUUUUAUCUUCACAUGUAAUAUGCCUUGUGUUAAGAAGUAUAUUAAAAAUGAAUAACUUUUAAAAUUUAUAAGUUUUUUCUUGAAAGGCCAUUUCAUUGUCAAAUAUUCCUGGGUCCAUAACAUUUUUAAGGCAUUUAGUAUAGAAACGUAAGUUCCACUAUGUGAUAUUAUAAUUUUUAUUAGUUUAUACCUCUUAAAUACUUUGUUUGAUAAUUUUACUGCAUUAUUUUGGUGGAAAUUGAAUGAUGCUAUGUUGUUUGACGUGAAUUCUAUCCUACAAUUACAGAUUUAUAUGGUUGUCUAAUCAUGUAAAUAUGAAUUUUCUAUUUGAUUUAAUUGUUAUAUAAUGCUUAAUAAAGGAUUGUUGGUUAUUUAAUAA